AGAUUAGUAAAAAAACACAGCACUGCCACUUCUGCAAGCUCCCCAAAAACCCAACUGACUCCAUUCACACUCUACUCCAUCCUACAUCACUACAUCACUACUAACUACUACUACUACUACUACUACUACUACUACUCAAACAACAACAUCAUCAUCAUCAAAAACCAUCAACCUCAAUGCAAUCCAUCAAGUGUGUCGUCGUAGGCGAUGGAGCUGUCGGAAAGACUUGCUUGUUGAUCUCCUACACCACCAAUGCCUUCCCUGGAGAAUACAUUCCAACCGUCUUCGACAACUAUUCGGCUAACGUCAUGGUCGACGGCAAGCCUAUCAACCUGGGCUUAUGGGAUACUGCAGGUCAAGAAGAUUACGAUCGACUAAGACCCUUGUCCUACCCGCAAACCGACGUCUUCUUGAUCUGUUUCAGUCUCACUUCACCCCCAUCAUUCGAGAACGUUCGAACAAAAUGGUACCCUGAGAUCUGUCACCAUGCUCCUAACAUCCCCCUCAUCUUGGUCGGCACGAAACUUGACUUGAGAGAAGACCCACUGACGAUCGAGAAGUUACGCGAACGUAGGAUGGUCCCGAUCUCGUACCAGCAAGCCGCUGGAAUGGCCCGUGAUAUUGCCGCCGUUCGAUAUCUCGAGUGUUCAGCUCUCACCCAAAAAGGUCUAAAGAACGUGUUCGAUGAGGCGAUUCGAGCCGUCUUGGCUCCCGCGCCUCGUGAGAAGACGACAAAGAAACAGUCGAAAGGCUGCAUGAUUUGCUAAAGAACUUGCUUACUUCACUCGGCCCCCGCUCCGAAGAUCCUUCUUCUUCCUCCUUCUCUCUUUCUUUCCAACUUAUCGUCGUUUCUUUCUGAUAAUCAUCUCUGACGCUCUCAUCAACAAACAAACAAACACACAUAUACAUUCUCAUACACAUCUCCUUUCUCUCUCUCUCCCUCUCUCUUCUUCUUAUAGGCGGAUCUCGUUUCGCAUUCAUAUUCUUCAAUGAGUAAACGAUCGACUUCUUUGCACUUUUAAUUCUUCCCCCCUUCCCCCAUCCCUUCCCCCUCCUCCUCCCUUGAAACCAUCCUUCUUUACCUACCCUCUACUACUACUCCAUUAUCAUCCUCAUCCUCAUCUCCACUGCCAAUGACUUCUUUUGCUGUGUUUUCUCUCUCUCUCUCUCUCCUCUUCUCUUUUAUAUCUUUCAUUUCUUCAUUACUAUUGUUACCUUCUUCUUUUCUUUGAUUACAAUAUAAUCUUCUUCUUUUUUUCUAUUGAUAUACAUACUCUCCUCAUCAGCUCAUCAUUUCUUUCCUUCUUCUUCAUGUUGAUCUUUUUUCUACUUAUAUAUAUAUCUUCUUUCAAGAA